AUGUACUUGCUGGAACUACUUUUCUUUAGUGGACUGGCUGCUGGGGCAGUCUGCCAUGCAUACAUUUAUUUCAACUUCCUUUCAUUUGUAUUUAAGCUUCCAGUAUCAGGUCGAGUGCAUGAGCUGAAUGCAAAAGGAACAGUCUUUCAAGCUUUUGAAAUGUAUCGGCUGAAGUCCUGUAUUGAUUUUAAACCUUAUGAAGGGGAGAAGUCAUUCAUCAAGUUUGAGAAACAAGGCGGGUGCUUUUCCAGUGUGGGGAAACAACCCAGUGGACAGGUACUAUCUUUGGGCACCCGCUGUGACCAUAAGGCUAUUGUUGAGCAUGAAUUACUGCAUGCACUGGGCUUUUACCACAUGCAGUCACGUCAGGAUCGAGAUGACUAUGUGAAGAUCUGGUUGGAUCAAGUCACUGACGGCCAUUCUCUUUCAACAAAGACCCCCGACAUCCCCACCAUCACCACCAACAUCCCAGAGUUCUACAACAUCAUCGGGCAGUAUCUAGACUUCAGCGAACAGGACGUUGUGAGACUGAAUAAAAUGUAUAACUGCAGUUCCACUCUAACCUUGCUGGAUCAGUGCACUUUCGAAUACAUCAAUAUAUGCGGCAUGAUCCAGAGUCCCACGGAUGAUGAAGACUGGGUUCACACCAAGAGCACCCCUGGCUCUGAAGACCACACUCUUAUAGGACAGUGUAGGGGUGACGAUGAUAAAGGCUGGAAAAUUGCUCACGUGCCUAUGGAUGUUGGAGUGAAAUUUCGUUAUGCGUUUCAGGGGGUGAAGGGGGACCCUAGUAAUUCCAAUGGGGGUAUGUUCAUAGAUGACAUCAGUCUGGUUGAGACACGCUGCCCCUCUGCUGUCUGGCGCAUCCAGAAUUUCUCUCAGAUCAUGGCGGAAGCUGAUCAUAACACUUUCUUGGACAGCCCACCCUUCUACAGCCCUGAAGGUUACGCCUAUGGCAUCCGCGUGUACCCUCUUGCAAACUACACUGACUAUACAGGCAACUACACCGGCCUCUACUUCCAUCUGGCCAGCGGAGAGAAUGACAUGGUCAUGCAGUGGCCUGCUGUGGACCGCCAGGCCACUUUAGUAGUAAUGGACCAGGAUCCAGACAUCAAACUGAGGAUGUCCUCCGCUCGAAGUCUCACCACAGACCUGUCAACAACUCCUGAAGACAAAUUGUAUUGGGACAAUCCAGCAAGGUUGGAACCUACGACUCUGCCUGCCAGUGCUACAGAGGUGAAUCAAUGGGAUGGAGAAAUUUCAUCAAACACUUUGAUCUACGCAGACGUAAUUACCUAA